CACUUCCACAACAACAGGAAGAAACAAGGAAGUGUCAAUCCGAAACCUGUAACAAGGCCGAGACAAGAUACGCAGAGCUCCGUAAAAGCUGAUGUCCCCCAGCCUCCGAAUCAAUCCACAACAAUGAAUAACAAAGGUUCAUAUCCACAGCAGUCUGUGUACCCUCAACAGAGUACUGGACCUGUAUACCCUCCUGCUAUGCAAAUGUCUCCUCAGGCACCUCCUUACACAGACACCCCCCCUGCAUAUUCUGAGAUAUACCAGCCCAGAUAUGUGCUUCCACCUCAGGUGCCUGGUCAGGUGCCCCAGAUGUCCUCUCCCUACCCUGGCCAUCAGGUCUACAUGCCAAUGCAGCCCCACAUGCAAGUAAGUCAUAUGGGCCAGAAUGUUCCCAUGGCUUACUACCCUAUGGGAGCCGUUUACCCACCUGGAUCAACCAUGAUGGUGGAAGGAGGCUUUGAUGCUGGAACCCGUUUCACAGCCGGCAGCAGCGUUUCCAUCCCUCCCCCACCUCCUGGACACCCCCCUAACGCGGCUCAGCUGGCUGCCAUGCAGGGCGCCAAUGUUGUCAUGACGCAGCGCAAGAAUAACUUCUUCCUGGGUGGAUCCAGUGGUGGUUAUACCAUCUGGUAACAACAGCUAACAGCUACUGCCCUCCCGGUUCAUACCUAAGCCGUGCCCCCAUCCCAGAUGAUUCCCCAGUUCCUUCUUUAUUCCAUACGCCUUCCUCUUCAGGCUGCUUGGCCAUGCCACAAUACUGAUAUCACCUAACGGAAUGUAAUAUUUUAGAGCCCUUGUUAAAGGUACAGUACUCCACUUCUGACCUACAGAUUAAAUGAUAAUUCUCACUGCCUGAGAGGAAAAAAAACUACAGAUUUUAAAUGCAAAUCUCUCCAUAAUUAUUUACUGGAUCAAAAUUCUUUGGUUGCCCCAGAUUGGACUGUUUGAUUAUUAUUUUUUUUUUUUUUUCAGGCUUCUGUUUCUGCUCAGGAGAGAUAUUCUCCUUUAAUCCAAUGGUCACAAAUGAGACUGAGAUAUUCAUGUAUUCCUGUACAACUACUUAGCUGAAAUGUUAAAAUAACAGACCUACAUUAUAUAGUUUAGCUGCUUUAUGGUGAAAGUAAAACGCAAACAAAGUUAAAAAGUCGCAAAGCGCAAACUAAAAGAAAUCUCCACUUGUUGUUUUUAAAAACUCUCUAGUGUAGUUGAAUUAUUAGGAGUGUACUAGUUUUGUGUAAAUACCAGUAUGAUGGUCAGGGAAUGUUAACUCUGCUAUAUAUCUAGAAAAAAAAGAACCAGCAUCCUAGAUGCAUUUAGUUAGAUUUGUCUUGUCUUUUUGCACAGUAUCAAAAAAAAAACACAAUAAAUUUGUUGCACAAUGAACUGUCUGGGAGAUUGUUCCAUUUCAAUCAGUUGUAAAUUAAAUAAAUUUAAUUUAAAGCAAAAAAAAAAAAAAUGUCUUUAAGUAAAGAGUUAAUGCAAUAUCUUAAGUGGUUUACUGUACCUUGUUGGGCAACUUGUAGAUGAACAUAGUCGAGUGCCAAAAAGAGCACCGGGGGUUUACCCUGAAGCGAAGCAACUUAACUUCAGUAAACUUAAAGGAAAGAAAUUUAAAGUAAAUCCAAAUAGUAAGACAAAUAGAAAGGAGUGGUUGGUGUAACAUUUUUAGCUUUUUAUGUAUCCCGUUUCUAUUCCACUGUCGGAUACCCAGAGUUUAUCACUGCGCAUUUAUUAUUCAGAUUUACAGAGUUAUGCUUUUGGGGUUUUUUGAUUUUUGUUUACACAUUUAAUUAUAUAUAUAGAAAUAUAUAUAUUAAAAACGAAUUAAUUUUAGAAGAUUGUAACCAUCUCGUAAGAAUUCAUUUAUUGUUUCAGUUAGUUUUUUCUUUAAUAUCAUGAGUGAGUUAGACGAGCAGUUAGGGUAAUAAACACAUUUGACAGUAUAACCAAUGAGCUGGUUGUACCAAAGAUCUAGCAGACAAUGCAUUUAUAAUAAAUUGUGACUUUAAAUUUUAAUCGUCACAGUUUAAAAAAAAUUAAAUAAAAGCAGAAUAUCUUUGAACAUGAAGUUGUGCCACCAUUGGCCUUUAGAGCCUUCAGUCUGCCAUGACUAUAGUUUUUUUUUUUAGUUUUUUCUUUCUUUUAGUGUCUUUUUGUUUGGGUCACCUGCAUCUUUGAGUUGCUGCAUACUUUGCACCUUUUUGCUAAUGUACUUUUUAUCUGAAAUGCACUGCUAAGUAAAACUGAGGAGUUGCAGAAACAAAAGGGGCUAAUCUCUUUACAUUCUGUUUUCAUGACUUUUUAAAUUGAAAAAAAAAAAAAAGCUGUGACAAUUUUUCUUUCAACAGUUUUGAGUCCAUUUUUAUUCCUUAAAAAAUCUAUGUAAAGAUGUGCCAUGUUGUUGCAAAGCCUGGGAGUGUAUGCAACGAGGCUACAUGACUGUCAGCAUGUUUAUUUUGGUCAUUUUUUUUAUGCUUUCAAGCAUCUUUGGAGUCAAUCAGAAAUAAAGUAUUUGAAGCUAGACAUGUUGUCUCUAUGGAUGCCACAAAAUUAAUAUUUGUAAGCAUUUAUCAUUGUGGUGUGAAUGAGUGUCUCUGGGUAUCCGACACAAUAUAAAGUUUUAAUAGCUGUGGCUAAUUUACGCAACGUAAAUAUUAGUAAAAUCCUGCAUCGUCGCUCUGGAAAUCUGCUUUAUUGUUUCGAUGUGACGGAGAAACCUCUUCUGCACUCGCCUCAAUUCAAAUUUUAAAAACCCUGCCAUUAUUUCAGGCAGCUUAGCUUAAAAA